GAUUGAUUCAAGAGAGUUCAAUAAUGUUUUGCAUCACUCUUGCAAAAUGAUGUUUUAAUCACAGUAACAAGUCCAUAAGCCGACCAGAAGAACUCAUUUCCUGGAGAGAGAGGCAUGAUGAAUGUUUAUCCAGGACUUUACGCAACAUGCGUCGUUGUGAUUUGUUGGAGUGUUAAGGCGAACGCCGAUUCCUGCUCGUACAACUUUGAUGUUUGGUACCCCGAUAGGGACACCCAGAGUAGAUUACAAGUGAUUGAAUUGAAAAUUUCGAAUUUGUCCUCGUAUUUUGAUUUGGAAAUCUUGAAACUUAAACAUGCUGACCUUCACGAGCUGAAGUGUAUUCAAAAUAAGUCCAAUCAGCUUGAAUUGGAGUUGAUAAAAUCAAAACUAAAAGAAUAUAAAGAAAAAGCUGCCAAUAAUGAAUCAAACCAACCUGUCGACUUAAAUUUUCGACUUAAUGACUUUGCACGACGCUUAACUCAUUUAGAAAACAAGCUGUUAAGGAGGACAGACCGGAAGUUGAGAUUAAAACAAGAGAGGGCGCUAGAAGAUAGCGGUCAUGUGACGUUACACACACUUCGCACAUCCGUCAGUGAUUUGAAAUCCGAAUGGAUUAUGAUUAAAAGAGACAUGUUUGAUAUACACAAGGAAAUAGCCUACCUGAAACGAGACCAUAAUGAUGUUACUAACCUUACCACUCAUUUACAAGAUAAAACGGCAACUUUAAAGAAAUCGGUGAACGAUUUCAAAACUUCUCUUGACCAUAGUUCACAAACAGUCAGAAUUUUAAAUUCAAAUUUUGACACACUCAAACAAAUUGUAUCAGCCAAAGAUGAUGUACAAAUGAGAGCAGAGCUUAAGAAGAUGUCAACAAAAGUCGGCGACAUCGAAAAACAACUCGAUGCUUACAAAUUAAACGCAAGCUCUUUAACAAAAGCAGUAGAGAAAAUCAUUUUGACAGCGGCGAUUCAAAAUAAAAGUGCUGUUCGUAUGAAAGCUCCGGAAGCAAACCGGAUGUAUCCGUCAGAUUGUGACGAUGUUCUAAAAUCUGGUCAUUCUACAAACGGUGUUUACAGAAUACAGCCUCGCGAUUCUUCGUACCCUUUCAAUGUUUACUGUGACUUUUUUGAUGGAAAUUUUAUAGUGUUUCAAAGACGCGAGGACGGUCUUCAGAAUUUUGACAGAAGUUGGUUAGAAUACAAAUUCGGAUUCGGCAGUCUAUAUGGCGACUUUUGGUUGGGAAACGAAUUAAUACAUUUAAUAACGAAGCAAAGGAAAUAUGGCCUGUUGAUUAUGAUAGAGGACUGGGAGGGAAAGUCCGGUUGGGCCGAGUACUCCAAAUUCAGUGUAGAGGACCACAGUAAUCAGUAUACACUUCGAGUGUCUGGAUAUACUGGUACUGCGGGGGACUCACUGACUUACCACAAUGGAAUGAAGUUUAGUACCGAGGACACCGACAAUGACCUGAACAUGCGCAAUUGUGCUGCAGAAAACAGAGCUGGUUGGUGGUUCAAUUCUUGUUAUCUUAGUAACCUUAAUGGGGUCUACCACAAGGGGUGGUAUACGCAUGCGCAAGCAAAAAAUAGUGAUGGAGUCGUAUGGUUCACAUGGAAAGAUUCUGAAAAGUAUUCCUUAAAGAAGGUUCAUAUGAAGUUGAAACGUGCAUAAAGGGAAGGCAGACUUUUCGUUAUGCAUGUGUGAUCUUGCUGAAUUGUAAAUGGAAUAACUGGUAUAGCAUCAAGUUCAAUAAGUUAUAAAAUGAGUUUUUAAGAAAAUCUUACGAAUUCAUUCAAUGUAACAAUAUAUAUAUAUAUAUAUUUAUAGAUAUAAAUAUCAUAAAUGAGGACGUAGCUAACUAAAUGAAUUGAUAUCUUUUUGCUCGGCUACGAACUUUGUAUCAUAUUUCAAAAAUCAUUCUCUAGGCAAAAACGACGUUUUAACCCUGCAAAAAGUAUUCCAACUUUGAUUACUUGG